UCCUGGCAAGCAGACAGCAGUCACCAGGCUGCUGCAGGUGGGGUGUGGACAGCAUGAUUGUGGCUCUCCAUGCUGAGAGUUUGAACGCCCUUCUCACAGGGCUCACUGCCAUUUGAUGUUUUCCCUCACAGCUGUACUUGAGGCCCAGUUUUUUAGACCGAUUGAACCCAAAGAGUAUUGGAGCACCCAGUAUUAAAGGGGCUGUCCCAUGCCCCAAGAGCCAUCUGGGGAGGCAUGCACUGGGAGGCCCAGGACUUGGGUCUCAGCCCCAGUUCUGUCACAGUGUUGCUCUUUGACACAAAGUAGAUCAUAGCUCAACUCAGAGCUAAAGUGUUCUUAAUAGUCAAGCGUGUGCAUAGCCUCAGCUCCCAUUCUCUUGAACAAACUGACUGCCAAAGAGGGGUACUCUCCUUCAACAGAAGGCCUGCCUUGGCUCCCCAUUGCCCAUAGUCCUGUGCCCUACUUACCCUUUGGGGUUAUGUACCAUGGGUCCUACACAUUGCUGCAGCCUUGCCAUCCCUUCCUGAACUUGCCAGGCCCUUUCACCUAUAUGGGCCUUUGCAUAUGCUGUUCCUCUACUUGGAAUGCCUUCUCUUGCUUUCACCACCUGGCCACGCCCCAGAUUUGGCUUUGCUCACCUCCUCCAUGAAGCCUACCCCAGCCCUCCACCCCAGCUGCUUGCUGUGCUGAAGUCUUCUACAUCAGGAGCCGCAGCCAGGGCUCUCAGUUUGGGUGGUUUAGCAGACUAGUGGAGGCUUUGGAGUCAGGCAGUCCGGAUUUCAACCCAGUGCUGCUCCUACUUGCUGUGUGACCUCUCAGGGGAAUCGCUUCACAUCUCUAAGCCUGUUUUCUCAUCUCUGAAUCAGGGCUCGUGAUCACUAAACAGAAUUCUAAUGCUAUUAAGGACAUCAGAGACAGAAGCAGAGAAUCUAAUGAGAGAGAUCGUGGGGAGGUCUGAGUGUGCAGAGCCCACAGCUGCCUUUGCUUUUAUUAAAGAAUGGGAGGUGGGAACUGAUGGAGCGGGAGGGAGGAGCCAUCAACUCCUCUGCGCCAUCAUAAGGGCAAGAGCCAGGCUUAGAGUAGGUGCUGAUAUCCAGAGUAGAAACCCCUGAAAGAGGGAAUGAAUGAUUGAAUAAAUGAAGGCAGCUGGUUUCUGAACGUGGCUGUAGCCAUUUGACAGACUUGGUGCGCAGCGGCUGGGGAGAGCCCCGCCCCCAGGCCGAAAGCCCGUGCGUCUCCUAGCAACAGCCAUAAGCAGCUGAGCUGCUGGGCCGGCGGCCCUCCCUGCACCCGCCGACGCUCCUCGAGGUCUUGGAGUUUCUUCGCCGAGGUGGCUGUGGAUCCGGUACGGGAGUUGCCACCGCGGUCCGAGUCCCCGCUGCCACCCUGCGCAUCCGUUUGCAGGAGCGCCGGCACCCAGUGGAGCGCUGUGCAGCAUGUCGCUGCAUGCGUGGGAAUGGGAGGAGUACCCCGCAAGCAUAGAGCCCAUCACCUCCAUCACCAGCUUUUACCAGUUCACGAGCGAGUGUGACGUGGAGGAGCACCUGAAAGCCCAGGCCAGGGCCCAAGAGUCCGACUCUGACCGCCAAUGCAACAGCAUCGCGUCCUCCUCGGAGCCUGCCAGCACCUUCAGCUCCGACGUGCCCCACGUGGUCCCCUGCAAAUUUUCCAUCUCACUGGCCUUUCCUGUGAAUAUGGGUCAUAAGGGAAAAUAUGCAAGUUUGAUUGAAAAAUAUAAGAAACACCCUAAAACGGACAGCUCUGUUGCAAAGAUGCGUCAUUUUUACCACAUUGAGUAUUUCCUUCUGCCGGAUGAUGAAGAACCUAAAAAAGUUGACAUAUUGCUAUUUCCAAUGGUGGCCAAAGUGUUCCUGGAGUCAGGAAUAAAGACCGUGAAGCCGUGGCAUGAAGGUGACAAAGCCUGGGUGUCAUGGGAGCAGACUUUUAAUAUCAGCGUGACAAAGAAAUUAUUAAAGAAAAUAAAUUUCCACAAAAUCACCUUGAGCCUUUGGAACAUUAAGGACAAGGUGUCAAGAAAAGCCAGAUAUUACCGAUUGAAGACUGCCGGUCUCUCAGACGACGUGGGAGCUUUUCAUAAGUCAGAUGUGAGACAUUUGGUUUUAAAUCAGAGAAAAUUAUCUGAACAGGGCAUUGAGAAUGGCAACAUUGUCAGAGAGGAGUGGAACCAGGAACAUCCACGAGGAAAACAAGAAAAAGCAGAAAAACACCCGAAGUCUUUGCAAGGUUCUCAACAAGCAGAGCCUGAAACUUCUUCCAAGAACAGUGAGGAAUAUGAGAAGUCCCUCAAAACGGACGAUUCUUCCAUGGUUCAAUGGAGUGUUUCAAGAACACCAACCAUUUCUUUGGCAGGAGCAAGCAUGAUGGAGAUCAAGGAAUUAAUUGAGAAUGAAUCAUUUAGCAGCUUAAACAUAUUAGACAGACAAAGAUCUCAAAUUAAAGGGAAAGAUUUAGAGGGAAGAAAGAAAAUCCAGAAGAGACCUAAGAAGCCUCCGGCAGAAGAGGAGGCAGAUUCCACGCUGACAGGCCCCAGGAGGCAGAGCGCCUUCUCCAUCCAGCUGGCCCUCAUGCCGCUUUUUGCCGGAUGGCAAACUGUCAUGAGUCGUGGCAGUGAGAAGUCCGCCAACAUUUUAGAUUGCCUUUUGACUUUAAAAACAGAAGUUCCGAUUAUGACCGAGGAGCAAAAGCAGGAUUUAAAUCCCCUGAUCAUAAAGAUCAAGUGUGCUUCCUGCCUUCCAUCACAGCCUGUGCCCAUUCAGGAACUAGAGAGGCUGUGCAUGCCCGUGUACUGCAAGUACCAGUUCCAUAAGACUCCAGUUCACAAGACCAAGGGGGAGCCCCAUGGAACCCACAUUCAUUUCCAGGACAUCAAUGUCAUCUUCCUUGGGGCGCUGCACCCCAGUGACCUAAGGGAAUACCUGGAGGGCCCCCCCAUGGUGGUGGAAGUUCACGACCGGGACCGCAAGUCAGAGGAGUGUUCUCGGAAGCCUGUGCUGUUUGGGGAGGAUCCCCUGGAUUCAUACCUCAACUUUCAGGCCCUCAUCUCUCCCAGAGAGACAGAGAACAACCCCUUUGAGUCCCAGAACAAGAUGUGGCACCCUUAUGGGAUCGCCCGGGUCAGUUUUGCUGACCUCCUCCUUGGCCACAAGUACUUGAACCUGGCCGUCCCCAUCCACAGCUGUGAGGUUCAGCCCACACAUUGCAGCCAGAACAGUGGGAGGAGGAAGGUUGUGGGGCUUGGGGUCCCAAGAGAUGGCCGCCAGCACAGCCCAAUGCCCAUGGGCAACUACCUCGAGGCUAACUCCCAGCUCAAGCUGCGAGUGGACAUCGCGGUGCCACUGAGGGCUGAGGCCAGAGCCGCAGAUCCCGACCUCGGGGACUCCCAGUUUGGUCGCAUCAUCUUCAUCUUCGACUUCAAGAAGGUCUCCCUGCUGCACAGCCUGCUGCAGGACAUCACCAUGAUCAAUGCCAAGGCCCUCAGCCUGGACUCCUACCCGAUCAGGACCCUGCAGCAGAUCCUGUCAGCCUUCAAGAUGCGUGUGCGGGUCCAGGAGCAGCAGCACCUGAAUGUGCUCACCGGCUUCCAUCUGCUGGAUGGGAAGACUCACCUUUUUGUCCUGGAAGGCCUGGCCGACCAAGGCUUGAGGCAGCUGUGGGAGAGCCACCAAAGCUGGACUUCCAGGUCAGAACACAGGAAAUACAAGGUGCUGUACAACUCACAGCUGCUGUUCCGCAGCCGGCUCUAUGGGGACCUGGAGACCAUCCUGUACCAUGUGCACCUCUUCCAGCCCACGGAGCUGCUGCUGCAGCAGGCGGUGCUCUUCCUGCGAGACAUGAAGUGGAGGCGGGUCUUCCAGGCACUGGCCAGGAUCCACGACAUCUGCCAUAACAGCACCACCCUCCAGGACGUGACAGUGAGAGACCUGCUGCCCUCCUCUGCUAUGAUCAAAGACUUGAACCAAGAGUUUGGAAUGCCCCUUUCCCAAGAAGAACUCACAGAUGAGAAACUGUUCACCCUACCACCUCAGCCCGCCCCCAAUCUUGAGGACUACAGUGGUCGGAACUCCACCCUCAGCUUAGAGAUCCAUGCCCACCAGGAGAAGUACCUGCAGUGGCGGAGUGCCAUGCUGCUGAAGAACAAAGACAAAAAGCACAGCUUCCUCCAGAAAAAUAUCACAGAAGCCUACCAGGUCAGCAAGAAGGCUCCAAAGUCCAUGGCAAAGGUGAUUAAGAUUGCAGCCCCUGCCAACAAGACCAUCUACAACUAUAGUAUUCAGACCCUGAAUUCUACAGAACUUGCCAAAAAGGAGCUGUAUAAAGAGAUGGCCAAGGAACCAAGAAAGAGAUUCACGUACUCACAGAAUUACCUCUCAGCCAUGGUGGAGCCCCUGGACUUGAAGGAAGAGGAAAAGCAAGCCCAGAAGAAAUCCCGCCAGGCCUGGCUCACAGCCAGGGGAUUCCAAGUGACAGGUCUUCAAGGCGACACUGAAGGCAGCUUUCAGCAUCUCAAGCUGCCACACAUCAAAGAGCUGAAUGAGGAGUGGAAGGAAAACUCCCUGUUUGCUAACGUACUGGAGCCUGUGUUGGAUCGAGACAGGUGGAGCUGGGACAGGCGCCACAUGGACUUUGAUCUGUACAAGAAGCCACCACCUUUCCUUGAGCUGCCCCCUUCUCCUGCACCGAAGUCUGUUAACAGGUAACACGCAAAGCUUUGCCAAGCUGGGCCUCCUGAUGCUGUGGGCAGGCAGGAGCUGUACCACUCUGCAUCUUCAGCGGUAUCCACUUUGUUUACAUUAUCAACCAAACUUCCUAUGUUAAAAAAUCAAGAUGCAGAAUGGGUCUGAUAGAAGAGAUUGAAUGCUAGACUGGAACUCAGACCAGGAUUCUAG